AUGAGACCGCGCACCCUCUCGCACUCCGCCUCUGCGUCCUCCUCGCACGCCCUCGCAUACCCCUCCCAACCCACCCGACCCCCUCUAUUCCGACGCCUCCUCCUCUCCCCUCGCUCCCUCCUCCUCCCCUCCGUUCGCCUCAAAACAUCCCUCUACGCCCUCUCCCUCCUCAUCCUCGGCCUCAUCUUUCUCGCCCUCAACGCCGCGACCUUGUCCUCCACGCACAGUCCGGCAGUCCAUGAAGAAGGAUACAAUACAAUACCUGCCGAAGUAGGGCUGGCGGAUAGUGGCGCUGGGAAGAGCGCUGCGGUGGGGCAAGUGACGAAUGGGGGCAAGGUGGAGAAGGAGGAGGUAUCGCGGAGUUUUGAGGAGCCGGAUUUUGCGCUACUGAGUGGGAAACAGCCGAGUGAGGUGGGGUGUGAUGUGCCAUUAGCGGGGGAGGGGAAUGGGGGGGAUGAGGGCAAGUUGGUGUUUCUGGGGAUAUUCUCGGCGGCUGAUAAGAAGGAUAGGAGGGAUCUAUAUCGCAAAGUCAUCCUACCAGACUUUCCUCCAUCCCUCGUGACCGUCAAAUUCAUCCUCGGUCUCCCCCCAUAUCCGGAGAAGCCCAUCUCGCAAGAGGCGCUAACAAGAACGCAAUUCCUGAGGAAACUGCAGGCGGAGAAUCAGGAACAUGGGGAUAUGGUCAUUCUGCCUGUGGUGGACAAUAUAGAUCUGGGCAAGACGCACGCGUAUUUCAAGUGGGUCGCCAAGGAGUUUGCGGGUAAAGGGAGGGUCAAGGACAGACCACGAUUCGUAAUGAAAGCAGACGACGAUACGAUAUUAGUCAUGCCGAACGUAAUCUCAGCAUUCAAGAAUCUCGACUGUUCAGAGAAUGUGUAUUGGGGCACAUCGGCGGGUUGCUCCCAUUACUUUGGGAACUACUUUAGGGGUCUGGCGUACGCUAUGAGCUGGCCAUUGGUCUCAUGGAUCGGAUCCGCCGAUAUGCCCCCCGCCCACAUUAUCAAAAUAGAAGAUGCGCGCACGGGGCAGUGGUUACGCCACCUCGACCCGGUGACGGAUCCGAUACGCCGGAUCGAUAUGGGCUGGACGAUGGGGGACUAUAAUCAGUUGGAUGUGACGGUGGAGACUGUUGCCUUGCACUGGCUCAAAUGGGACGACUGGGUAUCCGAGCAACACGACCGCCUCCUCGGAAUCUGGGCAGCCGCCGAUCGGCCCUAUACCGCCGAACACGGCGUCGAGCCCCGGUUGAGCAUCGCCAAGGGCAAAAUGACACCGCAGGAGGCGGAAAAGGAGCAUCAGAGGCAAAAGGAGUUGGGGUGGGACGUGAAUGGGAAUUUGGAGAGAUGA